AUGGUCUUCCGAUUCGCCAAAACAAUCGACCCGAUAACCCUCUUCCACACGCCCUCCGUCCCCAGCUCAGGCCGCGUCCUAAACAUCCUAAAACAAGCCUCUGCGGCCGCCGAAGCCGGAACCCUGCCGUCGUCCACGCGCGGAGAAUUCCAAUUAGAGAUCACGACCGCGCCGCCGACGACCGACCAGCUCCGGAACAUCCUCGACUACGUGACGGCGAACCCGGCGGGCGCGGGCCAGAAUAAGAGACAGUAUGCGAUUGGGGAUGUGAUUCGGGGGGCAAGGGAUGCGGAGGAGGCGGUGAAGAAGUUCAAGGAGGACUCGACGACUUUUGUGAGGCCUGUGACGGUCGAUUGGACGAAUGGGCAGGCGGUGGUGGGAGAAAACGAGUCGGAGAUUCUCAGAAUGGUGCACCAGUUGGAUGUGGACUAA